UGGCUGCUGAAUGUUGCUGUGUCAAAAUCCUUCCUUCCCACAUAAACAGCCGCGCAAGAGACCCCUUAUUUCCACAAGGUUUUGUCUUAACUUGCGGAUGGUGAACUUUUCUGUGGAGUUUUUGUUGAAUAGUAAUUGCUUUGGCUGUGAAAAGGGACGUAAAGAUCCGUGUUUCCUCGAAGCUAUCAUGCUGAACACCGAGGAAAGUUCCUGGUUAGCGGGGUCUCUGCUGCCCAGCUCCAUCCCUCAGGCUCCGGGGCCUCUGUGGUGCUCCGAUGCCCCUCACCCACAGCUGAAGAUCCCGGGUGGGCGAGGGACUGUCAGGGAUCACUCUCUCGGCGUGCUACUACACAAGGAUGAGAAGUUAACAGUGACGCAGGUCUCUUCAGUGAGUGGGAACCCCUCUCUUCUCCACUUCCACUACCAACUGAGCGAGCGCCGCUCGGCCUCCUGGGAUACGGCUCUAUCAGAGGACAGCCUUUUCCUGGAAAUAACAGCCGGGCCGCUGGUGGAAGGGAGCAAGGAGGGGCUGACUGCUCUGCUCGAGUUCGCGGAAGAGAAGCUCAAAGUUAACUAUGUGUUCCUGUGGUUCCAUAAAAACAGAGAGGAUCGAUUGUCCAUCAUCAAGACGUUCCACUACAUGGGCUUUGAAAUGGUGAAGCCGGGUAACCCCAUGGUACCGGCCCGACCUGAUCUGGCCUUCAUGGUUUACUCUCUGGACAGCAGUAGCUCAGACGAGGAGUGACUGCCACACAAUCUCCUGACACCUCCCUCACCCACCCCCCCCCCUCCCUGCCUUCCCCAAAAGAAACACGCCUGUUACCCUUUUCUCGCUCAAGCUCGAUUCUCGCUCUUCCUCCCCCUCAGAAAUGCUUCAUCACUGACUGGGAGGUGUCACCCUUUCUUUUACAGACUUGUGAUUUAAAGGGGGUGUUUUGGAGUGGUAGGAUUUCCAUGUGAUGCAGACACACCCGCCUCCCUCCUUUCACUUCCCCGGGGAUAACUACAGAUUGGAGAAACAGGGAACGGUGAAGGUUGAACUAAGUUGUCACAUGCGUCGUGGGAUUGGGGCUUUCCUUUUUUUCCUGCUUGGCGGUUCUUCUCUUGGCCACAUUAUUUGUUUGUGUUGCCAUCGACAAGACAAACAACUGUUAGACAUUCAGGAGAAGGUGGUGUUUUACAUUAAAAUUCAGCAUAUCUCUCGUCUGACAGCUUCUACCUUUUAUAAGAAAAGAGACUUUGGUUUGUCUUUGUGUGCUGUAUACCAUGCAAGCUGUGUUGGUAGGGGGUAAAAAGAUGGAAUCAUGGGUUUGGUAUAGUUAAUAAAAUUAUGUUUUACUUUAUAAUAUAGAUGGGUUAAAGCCUGAUCUGUUACAAUUAGCAUUAAAGCACACAAACAUUUCUUUACACUUCUUCCUGAAAUAUGUCAACACAUCAUUCCAGCACGUCACUCACUUGUUUUUUUGUUUUUUCAUCUGUCCAAAACCAUCUCGCCACAAAUGCAGAAAUAUGCAGCAAGUCUCCAUAUGUGACAAAGCUAAGACACAAUGUGUGUGUGUGUGUGUGUGUGUGUGUGUGUGUGUGUGUGUGUGUGUGUGUGUGUGUGUGUGUGUGUGUGUGUGUGUGUUGAAUGUCGCAACUGGGGUAGCACUUACUCAAUAACUCUGGUGUAAGUUGUUAAUGCUCUGGAAAGGAAGAUGGCCUUGCUGUGGUUUCACUUUGUACAUCACACAACAAACACUUAGGUGUUUUUAUUUUUUCAAAUAUCAUGAGCUCAAUAAUUGUUGACGUGAGAUGGUCAGGUUUAAAGCUCCACUUCUUUUCCAUUAAAACGUACAGGUAAGGUUUCAAUGUAGUGAAGCUGAAGCCCCGGUUUGUGUAUUACCUCUGCAUUUGUGCUACAGAGCUAAGCAUCCAAUUUUUCAGAAAGUAAUCAACCACUGAUUUUUAGAAAAACCCUUGGUAGUCAGAAAUAAUAUUAUGUGAUGUUUUAUUUUGUAUGAAGAUAUAAAAUACAAUGGGAGAUCAACAUAGACAAAUAUAACUGGUAAUAGAACUUUUUCAGUUUUGUUUCAUGUCUUACACAUUGUGUAUGAACAGUAUGUAAUCUCUGUUCUUCCAGCUUUGGGUUAGGAGACUGUGGUGUUUAAAUCUCUUUGACAUGACUGUCAUGGUAAUUCACCAGGCACAAACUGGGGCUAGUUCAGCUUCAUUCAGCCCAGUAGAGUCAGUCAGUAGUAUUGUCCUGCACCAGUGGAAAGCUCGAUUGAAACAGGGCUUUUUGUGCCUAGAAGAGGAGAGUGCAAUGUUAAUGUUUUUUACUCAUGAGUCUUAUUGAGGAAUGUGUUCAUUUUCCUGUUUUCUUUUUUUUUUCCUUCAUCCCAUGCAGGUUCAGUCUCAUGCUAAGUGAGGAAAUGAGCUCAUCAUAGGGUACAACCGGAGCACUUCAGGUGAUUAACAUAUAUGCAAUUAGAGUUAAAAUGCAGGAGGGAUCCUGCUCAGGUUUUUUAUUUUUCUUUUAAGUUGUGUGGUUUUUAGUACUCUGAACAAAAAAAACGCCAAAGAACCCACUCUGUGUCUGCAGUCGAUUUAAAUCAUCUUGCUUUUAAAUUUAAACCUAAUGUGGUAUGUAAAGCAAUAUUAACCUACAUUCCCCAUGCCAGCCAUACUUCACACCUCAGAGAAACAUGAUGGUAGUCUGUUCAUGUUGGGGUUGGGGAGGGGCGGGGGCCUUUUCUUUUUUUUUUCUUUUGCAUGUGUUCAGAUCAUACAAGUCUUCAUUGCUACUGAUUGAGCCCUGACUAUAAGCUGUUAGGAAAUGUCAAUAUUUGAAUUUUCUCAGAGGUAUAUUUUUAUGUACGUACAAUUAUUAAAUGUUUAUUGUGAUAGUUUAGGGAUUAAUUUUUUUGUUUUCAGUGAUUAGUUAGCAGCCAUGACAAUCUACACUUGUAUACUCUGGAAAUUUUCAUGUUUGGGGCGAGGACGAGGGACAAUAAAAGUUAAUAAAUUG